UUUUUGGCGCAGAUCCUGCACGGCUAUUUUCUUUCUCUUGUUAAAGGGGUCAUUCUUUGCGCUCGGGCUUCUGUAAUUUGUCGACGCUCCCUUACAAGAUUUUUUUUGGGGGGGGGGGAGAGAGAGAGAAAAAAAGAAAGAAGAGCGUGUUUCCAGCCGAGGCGGUUUUCCCGACGAACCCGUUGCCCUGGAGGCCUGGUCCGUCCCCUUUGGUGUCCGGCCGGAAUCAUGGAGCCCAGCCACAUGGGGCCGGGCAAGGGGGGCUUCUUCGGCUGCGCUUGCUUCUUCACGGAGAACCUCUUUCUGCCCCGUUACGGCCUCCAUCUUCGCUACUUCGGGGACCCCGAGCAGCUGCGGAGAGAUUAUGGGCCGGCCUUAAGACAACGCGGCUGCAGAAGCGAGGAAGAAUUUAAAGCUGUAAUCCAAGAGGUUGAAAAAGAAGUACAGAGGAGAAAGGAGUUAGAACGCCAGUCAAGAGAAAGAAAAGCAAUCAUUUCUCAGAACUAUAAGCCAAAACAUCCACAGGUCUACACUUUACAGGAAUCAUUUCUGGCCCCAGAAUUCCUAAAAAUGGUCAAAUACUGCACAUCCAGUGGUGCUUGUCUCCAAGGCCUCCUGAGUCAUGUGGAAGUUAUAUCAGAUAAGAGAAUCUAUCGGCUGCCAGUGUUUGGCAAGGAAUUCUGCCAAGCUUUCAUUGAGGAACUGGAAAAUUUUGAACAGUCUGAGAUGCCGAAGGGGAGGCCCAAUUCUAUGAACAACUAUGGGGUUCUCUUAAACGAAUUGGGGAUGGAUGAAGGUUUCAUCACCCCACUGCGUGAGAAAUAUCUGCAGCCCCUCGCGGCGUGGCUGUACCCGGACUGCGGAGGCGGCUGCUUGGACAGCCACAAAGCUUUCGUGGUGAAAUAUGCUUUGCAGGAAGACCUGGAUUUGAGCUCUCACUACGACAACGCAGAAGUGACUCUUAACGUCUCUUUGGGGAAGGAGUUUACAGAGGGCAACCUUUACUUUGCUGAAUUCAGACAGGAUGCCAAGGCCGUGCCCAAGUAUAUUGAGGUGGAACAUAUGCCGCUCUACGGGUUGCUCCAUCGGGGAGGGCAGAUGCACGGAGCUCUGCCUAUUGCUUCCGGGGAGCGCUGGAACCUGAUCAUCUGGAUGCGAGCGUCUGCCAUACGGAACAGCCUUUGCCCCAUGUGCAACAGGGAGCCUCAGCUGGUGGAAGCCGAAGGGUUUGGAGAGGGGUUCACCAGCAGCCUUCAACAGGGACAACCCAAAACAGUGGACGUGUGCUCCUUAACGUAGGGAGAUAACGCAGGAUCUGUUUUGAGCCUUGAUUUCAAUAAAACCAUUCCCAGU